GGUCCGAGUGUCCUUUGCCUUGGUGUGUAUUUUGGGUAUCACAUGGAUGUUCGGUGUGCUAUACGUCAGCAGGGAGACCAUAGUGUUUGCAUACUUCUUCACCAUCAGCAACUCCUUCCAAGGUCUCUUCAUUUUCAUAUUUCACUGCCUGCUGAAUGAGCAGGUACAGAACGAAAUCAAGCGCUGCUUUGGCAGAUGUACAUGCUGUCAGAAGAAGCAGAAAGGACGGAAAGGACCAAAGAAAGAUGCGCGGUCGCCUAGUCAACAAGGGAUUUGGCUGGGCGACUUCACAGACACAAUGGGAAGCCUCAGCACCACGAUGGACACCACAACAAGCAGCAUUUCUUUGAACCACAGCACCAGCUUCGACAACAUCGCGGAGAGGGUUUACGUGGGGUCCCCAAACACCAAAGACGAGGCGUCAGUAGACAACCAACUGCCCGAAGCGUGGACCAGCCUUAGUUAUGGCCAUAAGAGAAGGAAGUCAAAGGUUGCGCCUGACAUAUUACACUAGUGUCCAUCGUGAGAUUUGGACAUCGACGAAACGAUAGUACAGAAAAUGUACAACACUACGGUGGAAAUUGAAAUUGUAAGAUGACAAGUGAUGUACGAUAUGGCAGUAAAUAUUGCAGGGCUGACAUCUAACGUUAGUAUAGUCAAGUGAUGAUUAUCGUUACUAUUGUUAUUAUAACGUUACAUUGAUAAACGAGGUAAAACUUCCACAUGAUUAGUAAGGCCCCUUUCCACUAGACGGCGAUCGCGCUGCGCUCUCAAUGCGACCUAAAUAGGAUAUGUGUAGCCUUGGCUUUCAUACUAGGUAUAUCAUACAAAACGUACACGUAUGACUGAGAACAAAAUACACAAAGUGUAAAGAGAUUCGUGUCUUUUCUGUACAAUUGGUUGGGCGAUCUGUCAAAUCUUAGGUCGCAGAGAGAGCGCGGCGAGAGCGCCGUCCUAGUGGAAAGGGGAUAUUAGUGUUUUAACAGCACUUCAUCAAAUAAUUCAUUACUGUGACAAGUGUAGCAUUAUUACACAAUUGACAAUAGCUUAAUCUCGUCAUAUUUUCAUCGUCAACACAUCGAUGAUAAUAUUGUACAUAACGUCAGGGCAUCUACGUCACACAGCUGUUGAAUGUAUAUCACGAU